GCUAAGCGGGGGGGGGAAGAAGACCAUCAAGCAAGGAAGCAAGCAAGCCAGCCGACUGGCCAGUCACAAGGAGAUUAUGCAAACCAAACCCCAUGACAUGAAACCAUGCAAAGAUAUCAAGAAAGCGGACGAAGAGGAGGAGGAUUGGGAAGAAGAAUGACUGGAAGAAGAGACGACUGCUUGCUUUUUUUUUUCUUGUUUCCCUUGCUUUUUGUCAAGACCUCGACCAAAUGUGCGCACACAACAACACAAAUGAAUAUAUGUACGCAAGAAAGCUUAGCAGAGAAAAAUCGACACUUUGGAAUCCUUUUUCAGUAUUCAUCAUUAUCGAUCGGAUCAUACAAUACAAAGAAAAAGAAGUAGUAGCUGAGGGAUCCUUGAAGUCAUCAUGAAGGAAACCCGCUUCUUGACGGAAAGCGGCCA